AUGCCUGACCUGGCUAAUCUUGUGAGUCCACUUCGAAACCUCACUUUGACCAAUGUAUCCAGUUCUCGCAUAGCCUCGGCAGUUUCGCUGGAUUGGGACAUCGAGAGUUCGCAAAAUAUCGUCCUUAGGACCGUUCCGAACAGUCUGCCAUCAUUUUUGUCCGGAAAGCUUUUCCUGAUAAUCAACGGACCCCCGGUGGAGAUCAGCCGCUUCACCGCUGUCCUCAAUGUCCACACCGUCCAGAAGAAGCCGGCCAAGAAUCGCUGCGCGAAGUGCAAGGACCAGUACUCUGCAAUUCAUUACUGGUCCUUUCUGGACCAAAGUACUGUCCUACAGAGCGGCAUUCGAACAUUUCCGUUCUCCACCCUGAUACCAGAUCACCUACCAGCCUCGAUGAACUCACCUCUACUCUCCGUUGCCUACGAAUUCCACGCCGAAAUCCACUUCAAGUCUCAAAUCAUACCGACUAGCAUGCCACGAACUGUAUCCUUCAAGAGAGCCCUGACAGUCAGGCGCCAUGUUUCCAUAGAAAAUUGGCCUCUACAAGCGACUCGGGAUUUCCCCGCCUCAGGAAUCCGCGUCCAAAGUUCAAUCGAACCUAUUAUUCGCCCUGCCGGCGUCAACAACGUCUGUCUUUCGCUGGCGGGCCUCCUCGUCUCUCCCGGGAAUGGCGAGAACGACUAUAUUUGGCGAUUAUGGAAGGGGGCUUGGAGGCUGGAGGAAAAUAUUGAAGCCAUUGCGAUCCCCUGCGAGCGGCACCGGUGCUCAGUGCCCGAGAGCGGAAGCGAGGACCUUGUCCGCAGGAUAUCCCGAACGCUUGGCGAAAAUGGCGUAUAUGAUGCAUGGAAAGAAUGUAAUGCUGAGGGAAGUGCAGAAGUGGUGUUUGGUUUCGGCAUUUGCCAGCGCUCCAACGCCCCCGACCAUACGUACAACCACGAUACCAAGAGCCUUGACGGUACCGAGGUGACCCAUGCACUAGUCAUCGAGCUUGUGCUUGUCAAAGAGCACUUCCCGCGGGGACAACUUCAUUUGGCAAUCCGAACGGGCGUUGGGAAAAUCCUAAGGUUGACCUAUCGGGUGUUCAUGGCCGAUGAUCAGAGUAUUGCUCCAGGGUGGAUUGUGGAGAGACUACCAAGCUACCAAGACGAAAGUCCAAGCCCGCCAGGAUACUUGGAAGGGCAGGAUUUGGUUAGGUCAGAACGUGCUGGUUUUGUCAAUGUCGUGUGA